GACUACUAGUUGUGCCUCGGGUCCGUCUUCCAGAGGGCGGUGGUGUCAAAGGCUAGCUAUGCUCUGGGGUCAGAGGUCAAGGGUCAGAGAAGGAUUGGGCCAAGGCUAUCAAGUUAAGGUUACAGUCCAGUCAGGCUGAGCUGUAGGAGUUACGGGAGUGACAUCAAGGCUAUGAUUAUGGGGUGGGACCAGGUUUGUGGACUUAGGGGUUUCAGUCAAAGGUCAAGGCGAGGCGCCUCCCAUUCCGACCCCCCUCUCCCCCAUCCGCAUACAAACAGGCUGGCUUCCAGUUUAAAACAGUAUAUAAACUGUUUAUAUACUUUGUUUAAAAACAGUAUAUAAACAAAAACUCCUCUCCCUUUAAUGGUAGAAUUGGAAGGUCACCAUUUUUCAGCCCAUAGACAACUGGUUUUAAAAUAUCUUCUGCUAGAAGCCACCCUCACGCCGAGGUAAUCGGCGGAAAAGCGGAACCUGAAUCCGAUCAAACUUGUGUAGAGUCAGACACCAGGUACCGAAAGUACCAAGGACAGACUCGCAUCCUCAAAAUUCAGAGGGAAAGUUCGUAAAACACACGACCCUGUUUCUCCAACAAGUUAAGUUCAAGAAAAGAGAAGAAAAAGAGGGAGAGAGAGAUUUGAGAGACUAAAGGGAAAAACCGCAAUAACAAGACACUUAUAGAUUUAUCAACCAGUGGCAAUGCCUGCACCUUAUUUGGAUCCUGAUUGGAAAAAUUUAAAAAAAAAAAUAGUGAUCACCAGGGAAAUUUGGACGCGGUUGAAUAUUCGACCACGUUCAGCAAUGUCACCUUCUUCAUCUUUGGGCCCCUCAUGACAUUUCUGAUGCGCCCAUAUAUCCAGAAACGCUCCCGCUACUUUUAUGUGCUCUUUAUUCUCUUCACAGUCACAGGACUGUUCUCCAUGUACUUUCACAUGACGCUCAGCUUUCUGGGCCAGAUGCUGGAUGAGAUCGCUAUCCUGUGGCUGCUGGCCAGCGGCUACAGCAUAUGGUUGCCUCGCUGCUAUUUCCCCACCUUCCUAGGGCAGAACAGGUCCUGGUACAUCUCACUGAUCGUCACCAUCACCCUGCUCAGUACCUUCUUGUCCUUCCUGAAGCCCACGAUCAACGCAUACGCCCUAAACGCCAUUGGCUUGCACAUUGUCUACAUCGUGGUCCAGGAGUAUAAGAAGACCAAAAAUAAGGAGCUCCGGCAUCUGAUUGAGGUCUCCACGGUUAUAUGGGCUCUCGCCCUUACUAGCUGGAUCAGUGACCGCCUGUUUUGCAGUUUCUGGCAAUGGAUUAAUUUCUCCUACCUGCACAGCAUCUGGCAUGUACUCAUCAGCUUCACCUUCCCCUAUGGCAUGGUCAUCCUGGCUAUGGUGGAUUCCACAUACGAGAUGCCGAACCAAACCAUCAAAGUCCGCUACUGGCCUCGGGACACUUGGCCCGUGGGGCUGCCCUAUGUGGAGAUAGGUGAUGACCACAAGAGCUGCUGAGGUCCGCCAGGGCUUCUUGAUCACCCAACACCUACGUACCCACCGAGGACAGCGGCCUGAAUUGGGAGACUGAGAGACACUCGCAGUUCUGCCCUCCGGCUCCCUCUCCUCAUCAUCCUGGUCUUCCGCGCCCCCAUACCGAGGCAGGGGGUGGACUUCAUCACCUCUCUGUGCUAUGGUCUGAUAACCCUGGAGCUCCCCUCCAUGACCCACCCCCAUUCUCUUUCACUUCCUCUUCCAGGUUCACUGUUUCACACGACCUGGUGGGGCUGGAUCACUGAAGGGCUGUGCUUCUGUGGCAGCCACUGGGAAUGACCUCAGGCUGGGGCUUGGUCCCUGGGCAUCUUAUAAACAGUGGUGGUCACUGUAAGACUCUUCA